AUGCCUCCUAUUAGACGAUCAAACCUUGGGCGACGUACACGUCGUGCAAUAAUUAGUCAGAAUGUCCGUGAUAAUCAAACGCACGAGGAAAGUGUAGAAGUAAAUGAAUGGAGACGUGCCCAUAUUGCACAGGUUCGCUCUGCACAAUCACCACCUCAAAUUCGACAGAAUAUUACUAGAAGAAGACCAGUCGUAAAUGUACACUUGAAUCGCGCUGCUUUCGAAUACGAUUCCGCAAUCGCCUACAAAGAUCUUCGCUGCGUUGAUAUCGGUUCAUUGUCUGUCGUAUGCCAGCAUUGUAAUGCAUUGAAGUUUCAAUCGGAAACCCCCGGCUUAUGCUGCGCUGGUGGCAAGGUGAAAUUGCCCGUUCUGACUCAUCCGCCAGAGCCAUUGUAUUCGUUUCUCUAUGGAAAUACAAUCCAAUCAAAACAUUUCCUGGCGAAUACACAAAAAUAUAACGGAUGCUUUCAAAUGACGUCAUUUGGAGCCGAAGUUGUUGAUCAACCCGGCUACAAUCCGAGUUAUAAGAUUCAAGGGCAAAUUCACCAUCGAGCGGGUGCUUUGUUACCACCACCAAACGAAGAUCAUAAAUUCCUUCAGAUCUAUUUCGUUGGUGAUUCGGCAAUUGAACUAAAUCAGCGUUGUGUAAUUUUUACUGCGACUAAACGUGAAAUGAUCGAACAAUUGCAAAAUCUUCUGCACGAGCAUAAUGAACUGGUCAGACUGUUCAAAACCGCAUUGGAUACAAUGCAUUCUGACGACCACAAAAUCAUUAUCAGAGCAGACAAAAGACCUGCUGGAGGCCAUGCAAGACAAUUCAAUGCUCCCACUAUCAAUGAAGUCGCAGUGGUGAUUGUUGGCGAGAAUGUGGAAUCACGCGAUAUUGUUCUCAAGCGUCGGAAUGGUGGACAAUUGCAGCGCGUGUACGAGACUCAUCGGUCAUAUGAUGCACUUCAAUACCCGUUGAUGUUCUGUCGUGGAGAGGAUGGCUAUCACUUCAAUAUAAAGAUGGUCAAUCCAACGACAGGAGAAGAAACGAAUAAGAAGGUCAGCUCAAUGAAUUUUUAUGCAUAUCGAUUGAUGAUUCGGCAAGAUGUUGACAAUCAUUUGUUGAGAUAUCGCCGGUUGUUUCAACAGUACUGCGUCGACAUGUACGUCAAGGUCGAAACGGAGCGUCUUAAUUUCAUUCGUUUCAAUCAGUUGAAGUUACGAUCAGACGAGUACAUCCACUUGCGGGACGCCAUCGCUACUGAAGGAGAUGCGACCAACAUCGGUUGUUUGACCAUUCUCCCAGCUACUUACGUUGGAAGCCCGCGCCACAUGCAUGAGUACGCUCAAGAUGCGAUGACGUACGUACGGAAUUACGGACGCCCCGAUUUAUUCAUCACGUUCACUUCCAAUCCGAAAUGGCCCGAAAUUACGAAUCUGUUGCUGACAGGACAAACAUCCAGCGAUCGACAUGAUAUCAUUGCACGAGUAUUCAAACAAAAGAUCAGAGUACUCAUGGAUUACAUCGUUAAGCAGAAGGUUUUUGGCGUACUCCGUUGUUGGAUGUACUCGGUUGAAUGGCAGAAGCGUGGUUUACCACAUGCACAUAUUCUGCUUUGGAUUUUCGACAAGAUCCGACCAGAUCACAUUGAUUCGAUCAUUUCUGCCGAAAUACCAGAUCCAGAAACUGAUCCGGAGCUGCAUUCCAUUGUGACAACGAACAUGAUACAUGGCCCUUGCGGAGUCCACAACCCAGACUCACCGUGCAUGGAAAACGGAAAUUGCACAAAGCGUUUUCCCCGUCCGUUGGUGGCUGACACAAUCAGUGGAAUCGACGGAUAUCCAUUGUAUCGGCGUCGUUCUCCAGAUGACAACGGCAGAUCAAUCGUGAUGAAAGUGAAAGGAAACGAUGUCGUCGUCGAUAACCGCUGGAUCGUUCCAUAUUGUCCACUUUUGUCAAAAACGUUCUCAACCCACUGCAAUGUUGAGUACUGCAACUCCAUCAAAUCUAUCAAAUACGUUUGCAAAUAUGUGAACAAAGGGAGCGACAUGGCGAUGUUUGGCAUUGCCGAUCCGAAUGCAAACGACGAGGUGACGAAAUUUCAACUUGGACGUUACGUGAGUUGUAACGAGGCAAUUUGGCGGCUGUUUUCAUUUCCGAUUCAUGAACGUCACCCGACUGUUGUACAUUUGGCAGUUCAUUUGGAGAACGGCCAGCGUGUAUACUUUACGGACGCAAAUGCAGCGCAAAGAGCAGAACGACCACCAGCGACAACAUUGACAAAUUUCUUUUCGACAUGCGAAAGCGAUCCGUUCGCAAGGACUUUACUCUAUUCGGAACUGCCACGCUAUUAUACAUGGAACGCAGCAUCGAAGAAGUUUCAACGCCGGAAGAAAGGUGAUUCUGUUGCUGGCUUCGCUGAUGUAUAUUCUACUGAUGCCCUCGGACGAAUAUACACAGUUCAUCCACGCCAAGACGAAUGCUUCUAUCUUCGCUUGCUUUUGGUAAACAUUAGAGGCCCUACAUCGUUCGAUUCCCUGCAUACUGUGGAUGGUGUGCUGUGUGCCACUUUUCGGGAGGCUUGCCAACGUUUGAAUUUGCUCGAAAACGAUACACAUUGGGACUCAACACUCGCCGAUGCAACUGUUUCUGCGCCAGCGAAUCAAAUUCGUACAUUGUUUGCGAUCAUCAUAGCUACAUGUCAUCCGUCGAACCCGACUGCAUUGUGGGACAAAUACAAGGACGAGAUGGCUGACGACAUUUUGCACAGAGUUCGCACGACAACUUCGAAUUUCGAUCUCGAAAUUAACGACGAGAUGCGCAACGAAGCAUUAGUUCUGAUCGAAGACAUCUGCGUGCUCAUGUGCGGCAGUCUGCUGUCGACAUUGGGAAUGCCAGCGCCAAAUCGUUCGCUGCACGAUGCAUUCAAUCGCGAAUUGCAACGGGAGCAAGAUUAUGAUCAAGAUGAGCUGGCCGAAAGAGUGCGAACAAAUGUGACGCUGUUGAAUGCCGAGCAGAAGAACGUGUACGAUUCGCUGAUGAAAGUUGUUGACGAUGGAACGGGAGGCAUUUACUUUCUCGAUGCUCCCGGUGGAACAGGCAAGACAUUUCUCAUUUCGUUGAUUCUGGCAAAAAUUCGGUCAAGAUCUCAAAUUGCGUUGGCUGUUGCAUCCUCUGGGAUUGCUGCCACAUUGUUGGAAGGCGGUCGAACUGCACAUUCUGCUUUUAAGCUGCCGAUGAAUGUUCUCACGGUUGACCAGCCAACGUGCACAUUGACCAAGAAUUCGGCGACAGCGAAAUUGAUGCGAGAAUGCAAAAUCAUCAUUUGGGAUGAAUGCACGAUGGCGCAUAAACGGGCUUUAGAGGCAGUUGACCGAACAAUGAAGGAUUUAAGAGGUGAUUCGAGACGAUUUGGUGGGGCUAUGAUAUUGCUCUCCGGAGAUUUUCGUCAAACGCUUCCCGUUAUCCCGAAAUCUACUGCUGCCGAUGAACUUAAUGCAUGCUUGAAAUCGUCGUCUUUAUGGCGGCAUGUCAAGAAGUUUAAAUUGACCACGAACAUGAGAGUCGCAUUGCAGAACGACCCGUCAGCUGCUGAAUUCUCGAGACAACUGCUGGCGCUUGGCAAUGGCCAAAUUCCUGUUGAUGUUUCGACUGGAUUGGUAUCGUUCCCGGCAAAUUUUUGCGAGUUCACAUCGUCGAAGGAGGAACUCAUCACCAAAGUGUUCCCCGGAAUUGCACAAAAUUAUAAAAAUCUCGAUUGGAUUAGUGAACGGGCAAUACUAGCAGCGAAGAAAAAAGAUGUCGAUAGCUUGAAUUUCAUUAUUCAAAGUCAAAUAGCUGGAGAACUGCAUUCGUACAAAUCCGUUGACAGCGUGACCGACGAGGAUGAAGCGACCAACUAUCCGACGGAAUUUUUGAACUCGCUUGAUGUACCAGGAACUCCGCCGCAUAAUUUACAGCUGAAG